CUCUUUCUCACACACGUCCCUCCUCCCGCCUCGGGCCCGCCCGUCCCCAGGCUCGACUCGAACACGAUGCAGCCGAUGCGGCGGCGGCAACGAGGCUUCCCGCUGCUCUGCCUCUCAGCCGCCCUCCUCGCUGCCGCCGCUCUUCUCCCCGGCGCUGCCGUCGCCGAGGGCGUCACUCCCUCCGAGGCGCGCCGGCUCCGCGACGAGGUGAAAGAUAUGUUCUAUCAUGCAUUUGAUGGGUACAUGAAGUAUGCAUUCCCACUCGAUGAACUACGACCCUUAAGUUGCCAAGGUGAAGACUCCCUUGGUGGUUAUGCACUUACUCUAAUUGACUCUUUGGAUACCUUGGCUUUACUGGGUGAUAAGGAGAAAUUUGGUGCUGCUGUGGAGUGGGUUGGUAAGAAUGUCCGCUUUGAUAUUAAUAAAACCGUCUCUGUUUUUGAAACCAACAUACGUAUCCUUGGGGGUCUGUUAUCAGCUCACCUGAUUGCCAGUGAUUAUGCCACUGGUAUGAGAAUCCAAUCUUAUGAUGAUCAGCUACUUCAUUUAGCGGCUGACUUAGCUCAGAGGUUGUUGCCCGCAUUUGACACUCCUACAGGUAUUCCAUUUGGAUCUAUUAAUUUAAAGUAUGGAGUUGAUGAAAAUGAAAGCAAGAUAACAUCAACUGCUGGUGGUGGCACUUUGACACUGGAAUUUGGCAUAUUGAGUCGCUUAACUAAUAAUACUGUUUUUGAGCGAGUUACAAAAAAUUCAGUCCGUGGAAUAUGGUCACGCAGAUCAAAACUCAACCUUGUUGGUGCCCAUAUAAAUGUCUUCACUGGUGAAUGGACACAGAAGGAUGCUGGAAUUGGCACAAGCAUUGAUUCUUUCUAUGAAUAUCUUCUAAAGGCAUAUUUAUUGUUUGGAGAUGAAGAGUACCUGUAUAUAUUUCAGGAGGCUUACAAGGCUGCCAUGCACCAUCUCCAUCAUGAUCCUUGGUAUGUGGAGGUCAAUAUGAAUUCUGGUGCUACUGUUUGGCCAUUAUUCAAUAGCCUGCAGGCAUUCUGGCCAGGACUUCAGGUUUUAGCCGGAGAUGUUGAUCCUGCUAUUCGAACACAUGAUGCCUUCUUCAGCGUUUGGAAAAAGUAUGGUUUUACCCCUGAAGGUUUUAAUCUUGCUACAUCGACUGUCCAGAAUGGACAACGCAGCUACCCGCUACGGCCAGAGUUGAUUGAAAGCACAUAUUGGUUGUUCAAGGCUACCAGAGAUUAUAGAUACAUUGAUGUUGGAAGGGACAUAUUAGUAAGCCUUCAAUAUGGUGCUAGAUGCCCUUGUGGCUACUGCCAUAUAUCAGAUGUGGAAACCCACAAGCAGGAUGAUCACAUGGAGAGUUUCUUCCUUGCAGAAACGGUCAAAUAUCUCUGGCUUCUUUUUGAUUUAGCUGUUGGCCCUGACAACAUUGUUGAAAAUGGACCAUAUAAGUACAUAUUUAGUACAGAAGGUCAUUUGCUACCUGUUACUCCUGAGAUAGCCUUGGCAGAUGAGCAUUGUUCGUAUCUUGGAGCAUUCUGUAAUGGCAGUGCAGACCGUGGAUAUGGUACAAGUGCUAGUUCUACUAAGCAUAAAAAAGCAAACUAUACGCAGUUAGAUGAUAUCCAAACCCCUUCCAGUCACUAUUCAGCAUCCAACAUGUUUGCAACAAGAGGUUACAUCAAGGGAGUUUGUCCAGGAUUGACUCAUGCACAGAAGCUUGGGAUAUCGUAUUCUGAUGAAGAGGGUAACGUUAUAGAGCAGACUUCUGAAAGUCAUGAGCAUCAUGGUGAAUCUGCAGUAGAAUCUAGCAUCCAAGCCCAAUCAAGUAAUAUUAUACUGAUCUCUCAUCCAGUUGCAAGUCAACAGGAUGAGGCUUUGGGGAGGUGGUCUGGAACUGGAGAUCAUGCAGAUAUUGUGGUAACUUCUGAUUCUGAUUCUAUAACCCUAAGCCAUGAUAAUACUGACGGCUCACUCGGAGUGAACACUGAAGAACUUACCGAGGACACCGAGAGCUCUUCCAAACAGUCGGAAGAUGAAGCUAUUGCUCAGAAUUUGAAGUCGAAUGAAGAUAUCAGCUGACCUUAAUUAAGUUCACAUAGGGAACAGAUUUUUGUCACUUACUGCGGAGCCUUCAGGGUCAAAGCUCGCCCAACGCAGAACAAGUUAGUAAGCAAGCAUAUUGAGCGUGGUCGAUGCGUCAGUACCUGGCCCCUUAACUAGUUGAGAUGAGCUGGUGAGGUCGUUGUUGCGUCCGGGACGGUGACCUGCAACCUACGGAAUCGAUAUUUACUUUCAGAUAUGUUUUUUCUAUAGUAUGAUAACCUAGGGUGAGCAUUCACCUUUUUCAAAAAAAAAAAUACGGUGAGCAUUCACCAAUUUGUUCUCUUUUGUGUAUUGGUUGCAUAGGUUCUCUUGAUCAAUAACAAAUGUAAAUUUUUUUGUAUAAUAGAAGUAUAUGAACAGAAAGUGCAUACAUGAUGGGCUUUAUUGAAGAACAGAUUAUUACGGCAAUUCCAACCGAGCA